GAAUAAUGAAUGUAGGUGAUGCAGCAUUUUGUCACCGACCAUUUAGCCGAUUAACCACCACUAUGUGGACGGGUGUUCAAUCUACAUGUACAACUGUGGUUUGAAUUACAUUGGUAUUGGGGAAAUGAAGACUCACUGUUACACAACAAUCCAAAAAGCUGCAGGUGCAAAUGUUGGUUUUAGGGGAAAUAUGUGGUCUAUAGGGACAUUUUUUCAUUCUAAUGAAACUGCAAAAUAUAACAGCUGCAUGAAGUAGUGUGAGAGAGUUUAAGAGAAAAAGAAUUACAGAUUACAACAAUGUGCCAAUAAAUACCCAGAAUAGGACCAUGGUCCAUCACCUAUUAGCACAGACAGUCCUUUAAUUCACUAAAGUUAAUAUACUCUCAAUUAUGGAAAUUACCAAUGACCCCCUCUUAAAAGACAGGAAGUCUAGGGGAAACACAGCAAAGGGAGUGGGGUGCACUUGUCUGAGGUGUGUGGAAAUACUCUUAAACUGUUGAUGGCUAUAGCAUAUUACACAAAUUGCACAGCUCAUUGAAGUCUAUUAUAAUGAAUAUAAUGAGCUUGCAUCAUGAGAACAGGCAUGCAUAAAUGCACAUAAAUGUGAUUCCAAAUUUACAUGGAAAACAGAAUCUCGACAUACUUUCACUUCCUCCCUCAGUGGAGCAUAAAACUGAACAACUAUAGCAUAACUUUCACUUACAGUGAAAUAAAAACCAUUACAGCAGUGCAUAAAACAGCAGAGACUCAGAGAAAGAGACAGAACUGCACAGAACCACCGCAGAUCAACAAUCAAAAAUUCUUCAGUAGAAAAAAGAUGUUGUGUGAAGGUAAGCUGUGGAGUUUGGUGUUUGAAGCUGAUCCAGAGUGUGUAAAUCCUCCUACGUGCUGCACGGUCACAGCACCAUCAUCGUCUCCACCGAGUCACCUCCUCUCAGCACAAAGCCCUGUCCACUCAUCCCUAGAGAAUACAACCCCCAAGACCCAGCGGAGCGAUGCCCAUCCUUCCCCCACGGACCCUGCAGCAGGACGGCAAUUCGCCAUAGGUGUGGAUAUCCCCAGGCAUGCGGACGCCACAGAAACAGAGGCCUUUUUGGUGCCCUCAAGCUGCCACAGCAUCUGCCAGCAUUACAGCGAUUUACACAUUGCUGGUGGCCAGGUGCUGCCACUCAGCCCCAGCGCAGGGGAUGUACAGGGCAAUCUCAUUCAGGACCCCCAGCCUGGGCCCUUCCUCCUGUCUGGGGAUGUUCCCUCCCCCUCCCUCCUGCCUCCUCUGGUCCACGAGUACAGAAAUUCGAGGCGCUGGAGGGAAGAAAGCGGGCGCGAGCGUCCCUCUCUUCUGCAAUUCGGCCGGCCUCUCUCUAACUCACAGCUCAACGGCUACCUGGAACAGAAGCUUUUGGAGCUGUACACGCAGUACCUGACCGAGGGAACGGUGGUGACCAGGCCCGUCAUGGCCUCUGAGCUUCUGCAGACCAGCCUGGACCAGAUGACUCUCCAGUUGAGCCGUGAGCAGAACAUGGAGACUACUCGGGCCAAAGACAUGCUGCUCAGCUGCCUGCUGAGAGUCACCAGCAGUUACCAGUCCAGCGAGAUCAGCACUCCUCUACUGCAGAUCUCCACUGAGACAAAGUGAGUUUGAUAGUGGGUAGAGAUGAAAAGACAGAGGAGAAAAAAACUUUGUGGCAGCGAGACCAAAGAGAUGGACUUUCAUGUGUAAUGUGUAACAUGUAAUAGUUUGAAACUAGCAUGUUAAUCAGUGAUUAUGGAAAUGGUAAAGUAAUAGUAAUUCUGAAAAUGCAAAUUAAAUACUAUCUGUAAUUCAAAUGGUGUUGAUUAUUUGGGUUGCCACAAUCAUUUAAAGUCUGGAUGAAUAAAUGAAUAAAAUGAACAUAAAAUAAUUUGCUAAGUUUUAAAAGGUCUGAUUGUUUUACCUAAAAAACACUAUGUAUAUCAAUGUUAUUUAAUGUAUAAUUAUAGCAUUUUUGCAUGUUCAGUUUUCAUUUAAUUUGAGUAAUUUUAAGUUCUUGUGUUAUAAUUAUUAGUUUUUUAACAUUUCUAUAUACCCUUAAUUUAUUAUUUCUGUUUUAGAAAUUUAAGUAUAUAUUUUAAUUGGUGCUG